UCUCUUAUCUCUCUAGGGUUUUGAUUACCUCUUUUCAUGUUCCGUAACUUGGGGUUUUCUUUCUUCCAGUUUGGUCUUCCUUUGGUGUUUCACACUUUCAACAAAAUCCAAGUUCAUCCUUUUGCCUUCAAGUCUUGGGUUUUAUUGGUUUGCUGCUUAAUAGUGCUGUGCUGCGCCUUAUAACAAUUUCUUCAGUUGAAAUUUGGUUAGAUGAUGAUCUGAUGUUGGGUUUUUCUCUGUAUCGUGUUCAAGUCCAUUUUGGGUGGGAUUUCUUUUGUUCACAAGCAUUAGGUCAUGAACAUGAAAAGUUUGAGCUUCUAAAGGGAUUGUUCAGUUGGCUUUUUCUUACUACUUUUCAGUCAAAUUUAGUUGCUUUGCUUUAAAGUAGUCCACCAGGUUUUAGACGUACUAGAUGGCAGUUUUUCUGCCCUAUUGGUAGUUUCUUCUCUUCACCCUGAGAAAAACUUGGUAAAGGGUUUAACUUGUUCACUCUUUCCAGUUUUUGGAAUACCUUUGGUUUUGUACUUCAGCUACUGCUCUUUAACUAUUCAUCCACUAUAUCUAGUUUUUUCCUUUUUUACUUUAUCAUCCUCUUUCAAUGGCACCCACCAGCAGAAGCAGCAAAACAAGAAGAAGAGCAAGCAAGCCAAGGAGAAGUAAUUACAAGAAGAAGCCUGUAAAGCCCAAGAUCAGUAUUCAAACGACAUCAGUGGUGGAGGAUUUGCCUUCAACGUCUUCUACCAUAAGCUCAGACAAUAUUGGCAAGAUCGAUGGCUUUGAUUUUGAAGGUGUAGAUGAUAUGAUCACUACGAGUCCUUGUUCCACACCAAAAGCUCAAAGGUUUCGAAUACCGGAGAUCAGUUCAUGCCCUCCAGCACCAAAGAAGCAAAGAGUUCUCUCCAGUUGCUCAUUGCAAAGAACUCCUAUUGCUUUCUUUGCUCCUCCAGACUUAGAGCUCUUCUUCUUCUUUGCACUUAGAGAUAUCUCCGUCUGAUGAUAAGUGCUUUCUUUUACAUAUAAGAUCAUUUUAAUAGUUUAAGAGGUGUUUCUAUUUGAUUUUCUUUUAGUAUUAGUUUGAUAUUUUAAAUUUGAUAUCAUUGAGGCAUAGUGUGAGAACUUAAGACUUUUUGAGUGAGUGAUUUAGGAAGAAGAAGAAGAAGAAGAAGAAGUUGGCAGCUAUAUUGCUUACUUUUUGGGGGGGGUAAUUGUAGUUGGGUUUUCAAAUUUGUAGGGUAUACUAAUCACUAAAUUUAGCUGGGCCUGAUCUCCAACUAAAUUUAGCUUUAAUUCCUACUUUUUUGUCUAUUUAAUAUUUCUUUUCAAAUGUAUUGCUGACUUUUUGAAGUCUGGGAAGAGUGCAAUAUUGUAAUAUAUGGGGUGCAAUUUGAAGUUUGUAAGUGUGAUUUAUAUAUGUUUUGUUAAAUGUUAAGUCAA